AUGGGAAGAGCGAAAAUCAACAUGGAAUUUAUUCAAGAUCAUAAGAAUAGGAAGUCAACUUUGGUGAAGCGAAAGGCUAGCUUAGUCAAGAAAAUCUCAGAGCUCGUGAUACUUUGUGGCAUCAAAGUAUGCAUGAUCAUAUACGGAGGAAUUACUGAUCAAGAUACUUCUCAACGAGUUCAAAUAUGGCCCAAUGAUCCAAAAGAAGUUGACGAGCUGAUAAAUCUCUACAAGAACCAACCACUCACAUGCCGGAGCAAAAGGGCUACGACUUUUUCCAACUUCUUCGAAAACCAAAGGAAAAAUCCUGAGAUCAAAGUAGAAAAGUACCCUACUUGGGAUUCAAGAUUCGACUAUUUAUCUGAAAAAGAAUUGCAAAAUCUUGCUCGUGUUCUUGAGAAAAGGAUAGAGGAUGCAAAAGGAAAAGCCGAAUUCUUGAAGAGCACGACUACUAGAAACUCCUCGUUACUUUCUCAUCAAGAAAUAAGGGACUACACCGAGCUCAUGAACAACAACUACAACAACUUGAUGAACCAAGCUACUUCUUUGUGGCCUUCUAUCAACUACAACUUCUUUCAAGCAAAUAUUCAAAGUGGUGUGGGCACGGGGAUGGAUAUUCAACCUCUUACCAUUGAUGAUUAUCAGUUUGAGGAUGCAGAUUAUUCUAUGAAGAUUGAGGCAGAAAAUUGGUUGGCGAAUAAUGGGAUUGGUUCAAGUUCAACAAUAAUGGCGCUAUGCCAAAUGAUCCUGCAGAAUAGCUCCAUACAUGACAAAUUCACAGGCAAAUCUUUGAAUAUGUAUCAGGUAAACCUGUUUAUGUGCAAUAACUUGCAAAUCACACCAGAGAUGUAA